ACACUUCGCUGCGCUGCAGCGUUUGGUUUUGAACGAAUAGCUUGGUUAUGUAUGCUGUUCAGAGUGUGACGACGUCUCAACGGCGUUGCCCUUUAGGCUUCGCAACGUGGCUCCACACUGUCUUUGCACAGAUGGAUUGAACGCUUCGUUACAUGCAUUCAUUUUAGGUUUAUAGUCCUUAAUAACGAGGGCCUGUGCAGUGCUGGACACUGAGCUAUCUGUUCAGCCCCGAUACUCUAGAACCUUUUUGGGCCCUAACGUGCUAAGCGUUCAGCAGGAUGUCUUCGCUUCGAGACCUCGUGGCCGGCUCGGAUAUGUGUACUCCCAGCGAUGGAGCCGGACCAUCAAAUGCUUUGGGUAGCCUCGUUAACACGUUGCUGGGAGGCGCGGGGAAGACGCAGGAGCAGCUACGCGAGCUGCCGGGAGCAGCGGGGCCCAGCGGAGCGGGUCCCAGCACCUCCUUCGCGCCCCCACCCUCCGCCGCCGAACUAGCUCUGGCCGGCGGGGCAGGCAUGCAGGUUCCCGGACUGGGGCCUCCCCGACUGAAUCACGCGGCGGCGGAGUCCUUCAUGCAGAGCCUGCAUGCCGGGCCGCCUCCGCAGUUCCAGCAGCUGGGGGGCCCCGCUGCAGCAGGGGCGGCACCCGCGGAGUGGGACGCCAUCUUCCACGGCCAGGACUCGCGACCCAUGGGUCCUACAGCGCUGCUGCCGCCGCAGCCCCCGCCCAUGGGGCUGCCGGGCGCACCGCCUCCCUUGCUGGCUCCGCACUUUCAGGCCUUCAUCCGCAGCGCGCUGGGUCCCUCCCCCUCCUCCGCCUCCGGCCCGCUGCCCCCCGAGCUGGCUGCGCAGCUGAGUGUGGCUGACAAGGUGCGCAUCCGCGACCGCUCCACCAUCAUGGCGCGACAGCUGUACGCGGACCAGGGGGACCAGUUCGCGGAUGCGCAGGUGAGCCACCUGCUAUCCUCCCUGCGUAUCGACCCGCGGGAGCUGCCCGCGCAGCUCAGUCACGCACACCACGCGGACUGGCACGAGGCGUGGCGGGCGGGCGCCACCGCCGCAGCAGCCCGCCCGCACCCCUCGGUGGCGGCGGAGCUGGCGGCGGCGGGGGCAGCAGCUGCGGCGGGGCAGAUCCCGGCACAGUGGGAUGCGGUGUGGGAGCAGCGGCAUGGGCCGGCGGGCAGCCUGGCGCGCCCCGCCUCCACCGGUUGGGCAUCCGAAUUCGCGGCCCAGCAGCCCCAGCAACCCCAGCCGGCCGCAUGGGCUGCAGAGUUUGCAGCAGCAGCUCCGGCAUCCGCUUGGGCCGAGGACUUUGCGGCGCAAGAAAAGCAAGCGCAAGCCACUGCGGCCGAGCAGGCGGACCAGAGCCAGGCGGAGCGCAGCGGCGGUGACCCACGGGCCACCUCCGCGGCCCUAGCGGAGGUGCUUGGCCGCUCCGACAACCCCAAGAUGCGCAACUCUCGCUUCAUGCAGUUUGUGAGCAAGAUGAGUCGCGGGGAGCUGACGUUCCAAGAUAACAAGGUGGUGGAGAGCACGCCUCAGGCAGCUGCCUGGGCUGCCGAGUUUGGCGGCCAGCAGCAGCAGCAGCGGCCGGCGGGCGGGAGCUGGGCGGCGGAGUUUGCGCAGCAGCAGGCGCCGGUGGGACCCAGGCAACAGGACUGGGUGGAUGAGUUUGCUCGCGGCGUGGCCGACCUGCGGCUGGACGAGGGGCUGGAUGCGGGCACGGCGGAGCAGCUGGAGGCGGCGUGGCGGGCGGGGGAGGCAGCGACUUGGGCGCAGGAGUUCAACCAGAUGCCGUACGUGGUGGUACCGCAGGGCGAUGAGAAGCAGUACGAGGAGUGGGAGCGGAUAUACGGGCAGGGCGCGUUCGAGGACAGCUUCGCCGGGCCCUCCAUGGGCGCCGCAGGUGCAGCUGCUGCUGCGGCGCCCGGCGAGUAUGUGUUUUCGGAGCACAACCCCUUCCUUGGGAAUCCGGAUGCGCAGCAGAAGGGCAAGGAGUUGUUCAGGCAGGGCAUCCUGAGUGAGGCGGCACUGGCACUGGAGGCGGAGGUUCGCGCGCACCCCAACAACGCGGAGGCCUGGCGGCUGCUGGGUACGGUGCACGCGGAGAACGAUGACGACCGACAGGCCAUCGCCGCCAUGAUGCGCGCCCACUCCGCCGACCCCUCCAACCCCGAGGUGCUGCUGGCGCUGGGUGUCAGCCACACCAACGAGCUGUCCCAGGAGCAGGCGGUCAGCCACCUGCGCGCAUGGCUGGCGGCGCAGCCCGCAUACCGGCAGCUGGAGGCGGCGGCGGGGCAGGCGCCGGACAGCAGCCAGCGACUGAGCCAUGUGAUCCGCAUGUUCGAGGCCGCCUCCGCCUCCGCGCCCUCCGACCCCGAGCUGCAUGUUGCCCUAGGCGUGCUGCACCACCUGGGGCGCAAGUACGACAACGCGGUGGCGGCCUUUGAGCGCGCGCUGCAGCUGCGGCCCGGCGACUACAGCCUGUGGAACAAGCUGGGGGCCACGCUGGCAAACAACGCACGCAGCGGCCAGGCGCUGGCGGCUUACCAAAAGGCCCUGGACCUGAAGCCCAACUACAUGCGCGCCUGGACCAACCUGGGCAUCUCCUAUGCCAACCUGGGUGACUACCCGCGCUCCGCCGCCUACUACGUGCGCGCACUGGGGCUGAACGCGGGCGCGGAGCACGUGUGGGCCUACCUGCGCACCAGCCUGGCGUGUGCGGGGCACAUGGAGCUGAUGGGCGCGGUGGAGGGGAAGGACCUGGG